UUUUUAGAAGUUUGGUGUUUGUUCUCAUAGUACCUCUCAAAUCCUGAAUUCUGAUCAGACAGCUAUGCUGAGCACAGAGGCUAACAGGGUAACACUGAAGCUUAUGCAGUCAUCUUUUCCCGUUCUCUGAAAAGUGCCGCAGGCACAUACAAUAGUUUUUAAAAAAAGGAGUUUUAUUGCCUUAGUUAAGAAACAGCUUUGGAAAUGAAGAACGAUGGGGUGGGGAGAAUCCAUACUUUCAUGCUAGGUGUGAGACUCUUCCUCAUCUUCCUGCUUGAGCUGUGCAAUCAGCUGCUGCCUCUCUGCUGCCUGGCGCAUCCGCAUCAUCACCAGGCUCUCAUAAUCCCGCUCGGAGACCACAGAUGCCUAGGAGCAGAAAACAACUGCAACAUGUCAAGGACAGUGCACAUUGCGAAGUCACUGACUCCCCACAGUCCCCUUCUAAUGUAGGCAGCAAAUGACAGCUGGUAUCUCAGAGCGAAAUGGUAGCUUUGCCAUUCUCCUUUCCAAAGUCACACUCACAACAACACACAUUUGAGUCAGGAAUGCAGCUCAGUGGACUAUGACACCAGGGAAACUGGGUAAGGUGGGAAAACUGCCUACAGAAAGCAGGUGGCUUCAUAGGAAACAGUGCUGACCCCUGACAGUGCUAGUCCUGAGACAAAGAAUGGAACCAUCAGGGUGUCUGAAAUAACCUCUUGCUUCUCACAGUGAGGAUAGAUGGGGAAGCAUGGCUUGCCUUGUUGUGGUUGGUUAUUCUGGAUGACAAGCUUCCUCUGCAAGUAAAACAUUGAUGCCCAAAGUCCAGCACACACUUCAUUCAUUAUAAAGGCUAACGCCAUAAAAACCAAACCUUUGUGACUUAGUUAUGGAAGGAGCUGCACAGAAGAAAACCAGGUAUGUUCCCAAACCUAGCACAAGAGUUUCAGUUCCCAAAAGCUCUUGGAGCCUUUCUGCAGUGUGUGGUAGUAACUGUCAUGUCAGCUACGAGGUGAUUGCAUACUACUUUAUAAAUGUAGGCAGCAAAUGACAGCUGGUAUCUCAGAGCAAAAUUGUAGCUUUGCCAUUCUCCUUUCCAAAGUCAUUUCAUAUUAGUAAGUGGCCUUACUGAUUUCAGGUGUAUUCGAAGUGCCACAGUGCUUGGAAACAUCCAUCUCAUUUGCUUGAUAGUUUAGCCAGAAAUACGAGCAUCUUGAUAAAAAGUGAACAACAAAAAAAACAAACAAACAAAAAAAAACCCUCAAAUUCAUUUUUCUAGGAACUAAAUUUAGUGGUGAUUUAAACGAUAUCUUGAAUAGAAACUAGAAGGGAUGAAAAGACAGUAGACUGGCAAAAGUUCUGCAGGAAAAUGGAGCAAGGAAAGUAGUUACUCCAGCUGCAGAGUACCUAGCUGUGAGUACAAAAUAAAAGCCCACAGUAGAUGAGAAACUUAGAGUGGGGAAUUAAAGAAACUAAUAUGCUGUAAUUGGUAUCUUUGGAACUGCAUGAAUGAAAUAAUCUUUCAGUACUGUACAGCACAGAUUUUCACAGUGUCUGAGAAAGCAACAGAUUGUAUCAGCCUUCAGUGGCAGAACAAGGUUUCUUCAAAGUUCCUGUCCACUAACCACAGAUAUUUACUGUCAUGUGCCUGGCUGAAUGAAAUAGGCUACAUGAGACUCAUGCAAAUGAGUCACCCAUACAAACCUGAAUCACUACCUCAUGCUCUGGAUUUAAAUUUAAAACAGACAAGAGAUUAUUUUCUGCCUUGUAUGGGAGUCUUGCUGAUAAAACAAGCCAUUAGAAGUGGCAGUAGAGAAGAAGCAGUCUGAUUCAAGAUGGGCUCCAAGUUGACAUUCAUUUUGACAGUUCUCAAGCAGUCUGGGUGCCUGUCUCUGAGCGAGCUUGCUUUCUCCUCAGGCAGAGUGUGGGCUGAUGCUUUGCCACUUUACACCUACUUCCUGCAAUCCUGGUAAUUACCAAUUGUGUAAAACCCAGUUUCUGACGUGGCUGACUCAGCAAGGGCUUGGCUCAAAACAAAUACAUAUGCACAAGGAACUGCAGCCUGGGAAGCAGUGACAAGAGGCACAUGAAGAGAAGGCGGCAUUGUAGAUUCUUAUUGCUCUAGGUCCCGCCUGGCUGAAUUGCCCCUGGACUUUCUUCUUCCAGAAUCUCAGAGCGUGGUGGUCACCAUUCUCUCAGUACGCCAGCAGUUUUUCCUCUCUGCCUGUUGGACUCAGGUGCAGCUCCGACAUACCCUAUAGGAAAAGGGAAAGAAGAAGUUGUUCCUGUUGUGUGACUUGCUGCUGAGCCUGUGACAGAAGUUCACCACCUGACUGUGAAGAGUCAGCAGUUUUCUCUUUUCUUUUUAUCAGAAUGGAUACUUGGCGGAGAGGAUCCAUUAAGUCCACAACAUUCUUCAGACGUUUCUCACUCAGGAGACACAAAAAGCUGGGCAACCAGGUCAUUAUCCUGAACAAGAACAGCCACACACUGGACAGUGAUGGACAGUGCCAGAAGAGGGAAUGCUUGAGGGAUCUGAAGGACAAGUCUGAUUACCUGUCGUGUCAGAGUGAGCAAAACCUGGCCAAGGCACAAGCACCUCCUAAGCCACCCCGGCUGUACCUGGACAGCUCUAGCUGCCCUAACAUCAUUGAUCACACGGAUUCUCACUCUGAUGUCUCCUUUUCUAGUGCUUCUCAUCAAUACAACAAAGCCACUCAAACUCAGUUCCACAAGGACCAGGCUACAGACUGCGUGACCUCAGAGACUGGCUCCCAGAACAGCACCACUCUUUGUGACCUGUCUGAUCCUUUCCUGUCCUUCAAAGUGGACUUGGGGCUAUCACUUCUCGAGGAUGUUCUGCAGACCCUCAGGAAACAGAAUCCAAGAGAUUAUACCAUUUGAAGGUAUUUAUGACUUAAUGUAUCAGAUUUACCUGCUGCUGGUGCCAGUUUCUCUAGUCCUAACAGGAAGAAGGAUACUGCAGCACCCCUGUUACGCGUGGUCUGUUUUAUUGUUGUUGCCUUACCCAUAACAGGCUGCUUUUGUCCUCAUCAAGAAGUCCUUCAGAGCAGAGCUGACAGGCUCCAUGCCUAGAUGAGAGCCCUGUCUUCUGGAACCUUGUGUGCAAGUUUCCACUCUCCAUACUGGGAAAUUCUCACCCUUGACUAUGCACCUCCUCCUCACUGAAGACUGGUAUUGUUUAACUGAAGACUUGUUUUGGGGAUGUGGCUGUGACACUGCAGAGUUUGGACAGAAAGGGGUAUAGCAUACAUAAUUUGUGAAUAAGCAGGCAGCUUGUAAGGAGACAGUGUUACUAUCUCAAAACCAUAGCUAUGGCAAGGGUCAAGAGACAGAAACUGAUGGUUUCUGCUCCCAACAUGUUUGGAUGUGAAAAAAAUCAAAGUUGUUCUUCUCCCUUUAUUUCUUUUUAUGUGAGUUUUUCUUUUUUUUUUCCCCCUAAUUCAAAUGCAGUUGGUACUUGUAGCCUGCAAACAAGUAACCAUCUAUAUAAGCUCAUAAUACAGAAACAGCAGUUUAUUUAGUCUACUAGCAGAAGAAAUUUCUCUAGAUUCUGCUGCUUGAAGCAUGCACUGACCUAUCAGCUGUACAGACACGGAAGAAUAAAUGUUUCUGUGAUUGGAA